AUGUCACAAUCAAUAGCAUCCUCCUCACGGCGGCAGUCCGCGCCGGCACCAGCACCCAAGAAGUACCCUUUCUACCUCGGCGGGUGCGCCGCGUCCAUCGCAGCACUCUUCACGCACCCGCUCGAUCUGACCAAAACGCGCAUGCAAACGGCCUCUUCGCGGCAGGGCAUGUUCUCGCUGCUCCUCUCCACGUUCCGCACGGAAGGUCCACGGGGACUAUACGUCGGUCUCUCCGCAUCUUUGUUGCGACAAAUGACGUACAGCGUCACGCGAUUCGGGGCGUAUGACUGGCUCAAAGCGCGCACGCUCGAUUCCAACGGUGGAAAACCACUGGGACCGUUGCAGAUGGCCCUGUGUGCGUCGGCGGCGGGUGCGGCGGGUGGGUUGGCCGGCAACCCCGCUGACAUCCUACUCGUGAGGAUGACCAGCGAUGUCAAUCGUAAACCUGCCGAUCGAUAUGGGUAUCCGAACGCCAUUUCGGGCCUGGCACGGAUGACAAAGGAGGAGGGCGUGGGGAGUUUGUUCCGCGGAUUGGGACCGAAUACCGUGCGUGCGGUGCUGAUGAACGCCAGUCAGCUCGCUACGUACGAUGUGUUCAAGAACCUCCUCCUCUCCUCGAACCUCUUUAGCGAAGGCACAGCGUUGCAUUUCAGCGCGAGUUUCAUGGCCGGUACGGUGGCCACGACCGUAUGCAGUCCCGCAGAUGUCAUCAAGAGCAGGGUGAUGAACGCCGCAGGAUCUGGAGAGGGAGUGUUGAAGGCGCUCAGGGGAGACUUGAGGAAAGAGGGCGUCGGGUUCUUGUUCAGGGGAUGGACGCCGGCGUGGAUGAGGCUGAGCCCGAAUACGAUUAUCGUCUUCGUGGUGCUCGAGAAGUUGAGGUUGUUGGUGGAUUGGAAGCGCGAGAAGACGGGGACCGUGGGGGAAGUGCAGAAGGCGUAG